GAUAUCAUCAGCAGGGUCAUAUGAGCAAAACAGGAAAUGAAACAUGGCGUCAGUGUUCGGCGGCGUCGAAGGUGGCGGUACCCACUCCAAGGCAGUUCUUGUGGCUGGAGAUGGGAAAAUCUUGGCAGAGACUGAGGGGCCCUCCACUAACCACUGGUUGGUUGGUGUGGACUCGUGUAUCCAAACCAUCAAUGAAAUGAUCCUUAGAGCCAAAAUGGAGGCAGGGCUGGAUCCAAACACACCACUUCGCUCACUGGGCAUGUCUCUGAGCGGGGGAGACCAGAAAGAUGCCAUCGACAAACUCAUCACUUGCAUGAAGGACCACUUCCCAAGCCUGAGCCAACAUUAUUUAAUCGCAAAUGAUGCUAUUGGUGCCAUGGCAACUGCUAGUGAUCAUGGAGGCUUGGUGUUGAUAUCAGGAACUGGCUCCAACUGCAAGUUGAUUAAUCCGGAUGGCUCCCAGGUGGGCUGUGGAGGCUGGGGUCACAUGAUGGGUGACGAAGGAUCUGCAUUCUGGAUUUCUCAUUUGGCUGUAAAGACUGUGUUCGACGCCAAAGACAAGCUGGCCGCUCCACCCCAUGAUGUCACAUAUGUGACUAAAGCCAUGCAGGAGUAUUUCCAGGUGUCUAAUCUAAUGGGCAUGCUGCCACACCUCUACAGAAACUUCCAGAAGUCCCACUUUGCUGGAUUCUGUAAAAAGCUGGCUGAGGGUGCAGAGGCCGAUGAUGCGCUGUGUCGACAUGUGUUCACCCAGGCUGGGAGAGUGCUCGCCAAACACGUGCGAGCGGUUUUACCUGCUGCACAGGAGCCUCUACUGACCGGUGACCUUGGUCUUCCCAUCCUGUGCGUUGGCUCCGUGUGGAAGAGUUGGGAGCUUCUGAAAGCAGGCUUCAUCCAGGUGCUGGAUGAGGUGGCGUCAUCAGAUGAGUUCAAGGGUCGUUUCCUUGGCUACAACCUCAUGACGUUGCAGCAGUCAUCAGCUCUUGGAGGCGCAUGUCUUGGAGCUCAGAGUUUGGGUGAUGUUUUAAAGAUGGAUUACGCAGCUAAUGCCGUCAUUUUCUACAAUCACUCCUUCUGUAGCAAGGAGUAACAUUUCAGAACUACCACAUCUUGUUUACAUGCAGUCUUUAUUUACAGUCCUAAGUUUAUUUAGUUUGUCAAAUGACACUGACUUGAUUAAUACUAUUAAUGAUUCCAUUUAAUGGCUCCUUAUUCUGAGAUAUAGUCCAAAGUGCUCCAGUAGAUCCCCACCUUUUGCAUGUCAGCAUUUGCUUCCCUGCCUAUACGUUCUUUUUUCUUCUGCUUUAAAUCAUAUUUUCUAUGGUAAUGGAAAUAGAAAGUGUUUUGAUGGCACUAUCUGUAGGGUAAUACUGUAAAAAGUGCUGCAGCUAUAAAUCCUGCAGAGGGCGUUGUCUCACAUGUUUACACGUUCAACAUUUUCCAUAAGGGAUAAGCUUUGAAGACGCAUAUUGUAAAGUAAAUUAGAAUAAUGUAUACCUAUAGUUGCUGCAUUUAAAACUAGUUUAAUAACUUAACCACCAAGUCCCCCAAAAGUAGAAGUCACCGUUUUGGGUAUCAAAAUAGGCAUUUUGAGGGGUUAUUUAAAGGCUGCGUCCAUUUUUGUCAUUUGCAUGUGGUCUUGGCAGUUAACAUCCACAAAAAGUGGGAAUCUACUGUACUCUUGGCAAGUGUUGCAAUCAGGGUGGUUGUGAGAUCAUUGUGCUAAAAACAAAUGUCCAAUGAAAGUAAAUCUGAUAUUUUGACUGUUUGUACACGUUGAAAAAAUAUAUUUUUCCAUACAUCA